AAAAGAAGGCUCACUUCCAAUUCUCAUUUCUCUUUUCGCUUCUUAACUUCCAUAACCGCUCUUUCUUCAUCUUCAUCUUCAUCUUCCUCUUUCUCUUCCUCCAAACAAACACCAUGAAAUCCAAGAAACGAAGACCAAACCCCAAACCUCAAUCCUUCUCUCCUCCCAAGAACAAGAAGCUCCGUUCUCAGCUCCCACGCCGCAAACGCCCUCUGAUUUUACCCUUUUUCUGCUGUUAUUUGGAUUCCGAUUCCCCCCCUCCCUCCACCACUUUUUCUUUUGCUUCUUCUUCUUCUUUCACUGCCGCACAAUCCACCUCCACGUCCUUCUUCCCAACCGGACCUGAGGUCUCUAGCCACCUCAACCCCCUGAAUUUUAGGAAGACACGAUUUGAUUCGAACAAGGAGGUUGGAGUAGGGAGUAAUGAGCAAGUGUCUGAAUCCUCUUGUGUUGAAUCUAAUUCUGGACUCGAUUUUGGUGUUUCCGGACCAAGCACUACUUCCAAGUUGAAGAAUAGGAGAACUAUUCACGGAAAUGAAGAUCCAAUUGAUCCAGCGGAGAAUGGAGUUGAUGCCUCGUCGAAGCUUUGUGGAAAGGGAGCUGUGGUACUCACUUCUUGUGUAGAGUCUUGUGCUGAAUCUAUCUUUCAGAGUGUUUGUUCGUUCGAAGAGAAAGGAUUAGAGGUUGAAGAUAACAGACUAUGGGAAUUUCAGUUACCUGAGCUACAGAAAAACGAAAUUAAUAAAACUUUCACUGUUUCGAAGUCGGAUUCGACGAUAGAACAGUGGCCUGGCAGCUUGAAGAUUGAAUCGGACCUUGCUUGCACAGAGCAAUUCUCUUACGAUGAUGUUUCGGAAUACUUAAGCCAGCCGUUGUCGCUUCAGUCAACUAUUCUAUUGGAGAUGUCUGAUGACUGCUCAGAUUACACUCCAUCAAUUUUCUUGGAAUCCGGAAGCGAAUUUUCAGAGAAAUCGAACGAAGACGCAGCUCCUACAUCGACAUUUACCAUGUUGCUGCAGUACAGACGCGAAUUUAUAAGCUUAAAUUUCUCUCACAUCAGAACUAGCUCGUCUAUUGAAGAAGAAGAAGUAGAUCAAUCUACGAUUUUGAGAUUUGAAGAAUUGGACGAUGAAGAAGCCUAUCGAAUGUUCAGAAAUAGAGAAAGACGCCAACUGAUUAUUUGCGACUACAUAGAGGAAUAUCGGUCCACAACGGAUUAUGGCGAUUUCAUUCUUCAGCAACGGUCAAAUAUGGUCCAGUGGAUAGUUGAACGAUCUAGAGAAAAGAAACUUCAUCAGGAGACGACAUUUUUAGGAGUUACCCUUCUGGACCAGAUUCUGAGCAAAGGAUUCUUCAAAGCUGAAACUCACCUUCAAAUUCUAGGCAUAGCAUGUCUAACUUUGGCGACUAGAAUUGAAGAAAAUCAGUCAUACAGCUGGUUACAGCAAAGGAAUAUCCAUGUAGGGAGCAACACGUACAGAAGAUCAAAAGUUGUUGGCAUGGAAUGGCUCGUUGAAGAAGUUCUAAAGUUCCAUUGUUUCUUGCCAACUGUUUACAAUUUCUUGUGGUUCUACCUGAAAGCUGCUGGAGCUAACUCAGAUUUGGAGAAUCGAGCUAAGAACUUCGCAGUGCUCGUUCUUGCAGAAAAAGUCCAGUUUUGUUAUUUCCCUUCAACGAUUGCAGCUGCAGUUGUCAUCUUGGCGUCCUUAGGAGAAAAACAAGAUGCACCAAGUGAACGAGUCAUUGAGAUACACGUCAGAACAGAAAACGAUGAUCUCCCUGAAUGUAUCGAGAGCUUGGAGUGGCUAUUAAAGUUUCUAUGAUGGAAGCAUGAAUUCCUAAGACAGCAAGAAAGAAAGCAAGCAAUUUAUGUUCCAUUGGUCGUUUUGACACAUUCUUCCUUCCUGACCUGACCACUUAGACAUCAUCUUGAACACAGCUAGUGAAGCUCACCCUCUGAAACCAGCUCUAUAGGUAAAGACAUUCAUCAAUUCUCUUCUAUUCUUAUCACCAACAGAAUCAAAAUUUUGAUGAUUGCCAUAAGAACUCUUUUUGGCCAAAUGGUUUUUCCUUUCAAAUUUUUAUACAAGAGAUUGAAUCAAGACCUAGUCGUCAACUCCAUAACCAAAUAGUAUUUGAUGUUCAUUUACAUGCUUUCAUAAUUUCAUGUAUUUAGUGUUGAAUUACACAUUGUAUGCGCUUGAUACUCAGACCUAAUGACUCUAUAUUCUUUACCAAAACAAACAAUGGUUACGGUGAGAUUUUCAA